GAGAUAUGACAGCUAGACACCAACAAGCCAGUUCUCUUUAGCUCUCUCCGGACUUCUUGCUCUCGCCCUCUCCCAUCCUGGGAAGGCAUUCUGCAGCCGCCCUCCAUAAGCUCCCGCAGAGAGGCAACCCCACCACGCACACCAUCCAUACAAUGUCCUAUACUUCCUCCUCCCGCUUCUCCAAAUCGACUUCUCCCGCUCCUCGUACCCGACGACCCUCUCCGUUGGGAAGAACCUCGUUGCAUCUCCGUCUCAGUCUGCUCUCCGGCGAGAAAUAUGAACAGGAAAGCAGUGCCAAAGAACCCGAUCUCCGUCGCUGCCUCAGCCAUGCCCACAUCCACGCCAAGUCCAUGGCCAUGGUCAAGCGCGACAUCCGAGUCCAUAUCCGCUCCAUGGGCAUGGCCAUGGAUGACGACAGCGACGAGGACACCAUCGAUGAUGAGAUCCUCCCUCCGCCCCCUCGCCGAUCGGCGCGCAGCUCCAAGGCCGCGCCUGCCCCACGGGUGACGGCACCCUCUCCCAAGUCCAGCGAGAAGUCGAGCCUGCUUGACAAGGGCCGCAAGUGCUUGGAGAAGAUCUUUCCCCGCCGGAACGGCGCGCACUUGGCUCAGUCCCGAGUCACUGUUGUUGCCUGAUCUCGUCUCUCUCGGUUAAACACAUCCUCACUACUACUGCUCAUCGGUUUCGUCACCAAUCCCAAUUACCAAUGGUUUCUGAUCCAACCUCGGGGUAAUCACGCCAUACCGGGUCCCCGCGCCCAUCCUCUUGGAAUUCGGCCACGUCCCAGACUGCGUCAAGAGUCUCCUAUCCUCCCGCCCGUCCGUUCGCGACUAGCGCGCUCUCCUCCGAUUGAGAGUCUGACCUGAUGCCGUCUGGGACCCCAUUCCACCAUCCACUACCUCCACACUCUUCCUAUCGUGUCCUUGAAGCAGGCUUUGACGAUUAUGUUCGGAAGAUGAUAUGUGACUGUUUCUAUCUCCUGUAUUUUCCUUUGUCUAGGUUAUUUAGCGUGCUGGGUUUCUGCAAGAGCGAUACCAUUUAGAGUUUAGACCUCAUAGAUUAGAAUCUUGGCCUGGGGCCUUCUUUAUGAGAAUUGAUCACAGUCUCAAAUCUACUCCUUUCCAGUGA